GCUAGUGGUGCUGAUGGUGGCGGUGGUGGUGGUGAUUGUAAAGGAGGAGGAGAAAGAGGUGGUGGUGAUACUGCUUAGAAAAAAGCGAGCAGUAUGAACUAGGCAAAGACGGUGAACGCGCGGAUGCGCCACGGUGUUGCCCUUGCGACGCGAGAAAUCAAUAACUUAAUACGAAAGUGGAGGAUGACGAAUAGUGUCACGGUCAAUUAACAGCGUUCGUAAUCGUUAGUCGAUCUGAAAAUGAUAAUUCUAGAAAAGAUCUGAAAAUGAUAAUUCUGGAAAAGAUCUGAAAAUGAUAAUUCUGGAAAAGAUCUGAAAAUGAUAAUCCUUUUACUAGAUUCUUUGAUGAGAGAAUCAUUGUACAAGGAUCAAUGAAAUUAAAAAAAUCGUAUAUAUCGAUUUUGACGUCUCUGUGAGAUGAUAUAAUUAUUUAGGGCUGGGAAGUAUGUUCAUAGAGCUUUUUAAAAAGCUGAUUUAGACUUUCAGUUACAGGCUGAUAUCACAAGAUCAAAGAAUGAAAUAGCCAUGAUCGCAGUAGGAAGUGAGGUCGAAGAGAAACCAUCGGCAGAAAUCUUUUGCAUAUAUUGUAUAAAACGGUGACAGAGCAUCAAAUGGCAACCAUGGAUAUACAAAAGAAGCAACUUUGUCCACGUUUGGUGGACUAUCUUGCUAUCGUGGGAGCCAGAUCGGCUCCGAUCUCUCGUCAGCCUGUGCAGGUUCCAGAAUUGUUGCGCAGAUAUCCGGUGGAGGAUCACAAAGAUUUUCCUUUACCUCUGGAUAUGGUGUAUUUUUGUCAACCAGAAGGUUGCAGCAGCGUGGGACCUAAACGCACAGCCUUACGAGAAGCUACGUCUUUCACUUUCACCCUCACGGAUAAGGACUCAGGAAAAACACGAUAUGGCAUUUGCGUUAAUUUCUAUCGACCUAUAGAAAGGGCUGGAACAAAUGCACGUGGUGGUAUUUCAAUGAGAAGAGACAAAUACAACACCACUUUUAGAAGGGAGAGUUGGAGAAAGAGUAUGGAAAAAAGUACAGAUUCUGCAUUUUCUAGCGACUAUAGAAGCAGCGCGGUGGGUCCUAGUGAUUCUGAAAAAGAUUGCUCCAGUAGCAGAAGAGACUCUGACACGUCCCAUGCGCCUUACGCACCGAGAUUGGGUGUUACAGCACCAAGUGGUGACAGUGAAAGUGGUGGUAGUCAUUCUCCUUCACCACGAGCUUCUCGAAGGCGGCAGAGGAUUCGAAAUCAUUCUUUAACAUCACUUUGUAUCAUUUCUCAUCAUCCAUUCUUUUCGAUGUUCCGAGAAUGUCUUUUCGUUUUGAAGAAAAUCAUUGAUGCAUGCAACGAUAAUUCGACUCCUCAAAAAGUAGGAGCUUCGAGGCAAACUAAUAGAGAUUCAGUGUGGAGUGUUCUUAGUGGUCAAGUUUUGGAAGGGACUCCGUCCAUCGUGUUACACGAUAUACGGGAGAUCGAAACCUGGAUCCUGAGAUUGCUGAGCAGUCCAGUGCCAGUGCCAACGAAAACGCGUGUAGAAAUCGAAAUAGUAUCAUCAAUUAUACAGCCUUCACUCUGUUUUGCUUUACCUGAUCACACAAGAUUUUCUUUAGUUGAUUUUCCUCUACAUUUGCCUCUCGAACUUCUUGGCGUUGAAAUAUGUUUGAAAGUUCUCACUCUCAUUUUAUUAGAAAAUAAGAUCGUAUUACAAUCACGAGAUUAUAAUGCUUUGUCGAUGUCGGUGAUGGCAUUUGUCACAAUGAUCUAUCCCUUAGAAUACAUGUUCCCUGCAAUACCAUUGUUACCAACCUGCAUGAGCUGCGCGGAACAACUACUACUGGCUCCAACGCCAUAUAUCAUCGGAAUACCUGCCUCUUUUUUAAUGUAUAAGAAAAAUUUCAAAAUGCCGGAUGAUGUCUGGCUGGUGGAUCUCGAUAGCAAUAAAGUAACUGCACCUCCUGGUUCGGCGGAUCAAUUACCACCCUUGCCUGAACCGGAAGGUACCAUACUAAAGAACCACCUGAAACAGGCAAUGCAACUAAUGGAUCAAGUUGGCUCUGGUACAAUGGGUAGUAUGUCCGCUUCGCAAGCUAUACCAUCAGAUACUUGGUCAUCACGAUUGUCCUCUCAAUCUCCAAGCAGAAGAGAAAGUUCAGCAUCUCAACAUUCUCAGAAUUUAAGCGUGUCGACAAUGAGGCACAGACCGAGCGUUGAUUAUCAACAUGGUCACGGUCAACAAAGCCCAUUGGGUGGCAACGCAUCACAGUUACGUCGUCCUUCGUUAACAGCUGCGAUGGUAUCAGCUUCAGCAUCUGGAGGAAGCGGUACGCCUUCUCCUUCAUCAUCAUCGCCAGUACCUGGAUCUGGGACCACAACAGGCAGUGGAACAUCAACAACUUCGAUUACAGCUCCACCAUUUAACCCCUUUAUCUACGGUAACGACGUUGAUUCAGUCGAUAUUGCAACACGAGUGGCUAUGGUCCGCUUCUUCAACUCCCAAAAUCUUUUGGCCAACUUUACUGAGCACACACGCACGCUGAGGCUCUAUCCAAGACCCGUAGUUGCAUUUCAAAUAAAUUCUUUCCUCCGUUCGAGACCAAGAGCAAGUCAGUUUCUGAACAAAUUUGCGCGCACACAAGCUGUUGAAUUUCUCGCCGAGUGGUCGCUUACACCUAGUAACGUUGCUUUUUUGAGAGUACAAACCGGUGUCUUUGAUCCGGCGCAAAUCGGUGAUAAGUCAAAAUGGUACGCUGCGAAUCUUGAGCCAAUACAUUUCAAAGUUUGGGAUAACUCUAGCUCUUUGGCAAACGCCUUAAAUGCGCUGAAGGAGUUAGAGAGUCAGCCGACUGACGAGAGUGGUUCGGAUUCAGAAGGAGCAGAAAGCACGAGCUCUUCUUAUUCUUCUCUCAGUGAUUUCGUUUCGGAAAUGGCAUCGUCGGAUUUAUCACCAAGCUAUAAUUGUCCUCAAGUCAGUCAACCUCAACAAAUGGCACUUUCGAUUGACCCAAAGAAUAUUUAUAAUCCACCAAGUUCAUUGCAAUAUCCUGGCGUAGAAGAAGAAUCACCGGCACGUCCUGAAAGUCCACCAAGUACAUCCUCCAGUCAUAGCGAUCUCAGCAGUCCGAGUUUCAACAGAGACUCCGAAUUGGAGUUGAAUCCUAAUGCUCUCGAAACAUCACAAUCUACCAAUGAUAAAGAGGAAGGUGGUAGUUUUGAGUCAGACUCUGCAUCAACAAUAACUCCACGCACAAUCCUGAGCGCACAAAGUUCAAUAGGCCAGUUUGGAGUGGGCAUGGGGUCAUUAGGUAACUCCUUGCUCAACGACACUGAACGCACUACCACCCCUCACAGGACUUCACGCGUCACUAGAUAUAUGGUUCCUGUGAUGCCCAGUGGAACGAGUCUUCAGAGACAACCAAGCGUUGGGAAUGUUUUGGCGCGAACAUCCAGCUUUGGAUCUAGCACGAGUCCACUUCUAACACGACAGCUUAGUGGUAGUAUGGAUAAUGAAACUCUUACGGCAUUUCGUCAGCAAUCGAGUACACAGGAUGGACAAAAGAACAAUGCUGGUAUGCCAGGAAAUGGUGUUUUGAGACAAGGAUCACAGGGUUCGUUGUUUGAACAAAUUGCGACUCAAGCAAAGGAUCUUGUACGAGAAACGACUAGACAAAGUAGUCAAGAUGGACUUCUUGCGCAUAUGGAUAAAUUAAAGCAUCAAGCAAAGGAGAAGAUAACUGAAGCAGGCGAAGACAGUUUAUUCGCGCCAUUAGAACAGUUGACACAACAAACGAAGAAGGCUGUAGGCGAAGCUACCAAAUCCGUUCAGGAGGCAUCAAAAACAGCUAUCGAAGCUAGCAAGACUGCUGCAGGUGUCAGCAAAAACACUUUGGACGACUUAACGUACAUGGGUAAAAGUACAUUUGGUGAUUUAACAAAGAGUGCUAAGGAAGUCGCAACGAAAAAGGGUUUGCUCAAGAGUAUUGGAGAGUCGCAACAAUCUUCACCACCUCAUACUCCACCAUCUUCUGGUAUAACUCAAAGAAGGGAAUCAUCCAGUACUCAAUUGGUUGCCUCGGAUACUCGUUCCGGACGUAGAGACAUCGGGCGUGAUUUCUUUAGCAAUAUUAGUAGCGAUUUAAACGGUAUCGCUGCUCAAACGAGCAGUAUGUUCAGUGAUUUAUUUGGUAACAGAAAUAGUUCUAAUCGGAAUCUUGCACAAAGAUCAAAGGAGAAAACUAGUACAUCGUUUGGACCCUUUCCUAAAGUUUCAGGAAAAACAGGUCUCGUUGAGCGUUCAUCGUUAAUAAAGCAUUCUUCGAUGAAAGCUAAUCAAGAAGAGAUGCAAAGAAUGCAAAAUGCAGAACGAUCUAGUACAAACAGCGACAAUCAAGCAUUCUUAACGGAUGUGGUAACACAAGUUCUGGCUGGUGAAGGCGUCGGUUGGCUCAAAUUGAAUAGAUUGAAGAAACUUAUGGAAGAUGAAAGCUAUCGAGACUUGGUUGUUACAAAGCUCAACAAAGGGCUCAAUAGAAAAAUUAGUCCCGAUGAUCAUAUUGACGAUGUGUGUAUCUCCAAACCAGUAUAUAAGGGAAUGCUAAAGUGCCUUCAAGCAGUGGUUCAUGGUCUCGCUCAUACUUAUAGUAAUUUCGGAUUGGGUGGAAUGGCUUCGGUUUUCCAAUUGAUGGAGAUAGCUCAUACUCAUUAUUGGAGUAAGGAUCUAUCGGAAGGAGGUUUCGAUAGUUCACUGUUAUCACAGGCAUCGAGCCCAUUUGGUAGCAAGGAAAAUUUGAAGUCUCCACAAUCUCCGAAUCAAGGUGAACUUCCAGAUAUAUCACAAAGAUUAAGAAGUUCUCAAACGCAAGAAAUACCACCUCAGGUUCAACUUGAAUUCACCCACGGACAACAAACGAGUGACGUUGGGCAAUCAACAACGGACAUGUUUUUGGAUAUGUUCACGAAAAAAAAAAAGUUUUUGUGCAAACUGACGUCAUUCGAUUCUGAGAGUGGGCGGGGAGGUGGAACAGGAAGCAGCGAAGCUUUAUCCACUGACGGAGGUAGCAUUAUCACUAAUCCUGCUUUUCGGCAAGCACAUCAAGCUUCUUUCCGAAGCACUGUGUCUGAUAGCGAGGUUGAACAAGGCAAUUUUCCGCGUCAAGGAAAACAACGUACUGGUAGCGUUUGGUCCAGUAAAUCAUCUUUGAGUACAGGCUUUAGAUACCAUGGUGGAAAUUUAAUAUCUACGACACCAAUGUCUAGUCCUGAAACAGCACGAACUUAUCUCUUUGAAGGUCUUUUGGGUAAAGAAAGAUCCAAUCUUUGGGACCAAAUGCAAUUCUGGGAGGAUGCUUUCCUAGACGCUGUAUCGCAAGAACGAGAUAUGUUGGGCAUGGAUCAGGGUGCAGGAGAAAUGAUGGAAAGAUAUAAGAGUUUGAGCGAUAGCGAAAGACGUCGGUUGGAACACGACGAGGAUCGAUUGUUAUGCUCCCUUUUGCACAAUCUCACUGCGAUCUUGGUAAUGCUAAACGUUGAUAAAAACGAGGUGAAACGUAAAGUACGGAGAUUACUAGGAAAGAGUCACAUCGGUUUGAUUUACAGUCAGGAGCUUAAUCAGCUUCUCGAUCAGAUAAACAACCUCCAUGGAAACGAUAUCGAUCUAAAGCCAUUGACGUCUCGACAAAUGCAUCGUCAAUCCUUCACCGUUCAUGCUGGGGUCGAUGCUGAUGGUGAUUUAAGAUUCCUCGAAGUUCGUCACGACGGUCUUGUGUUGAGAUCGGUAAACGGAGUUAUCGUUGAACGUUGGUGGUAUGAACGAUUGGUAAACAUGACCUACAGUCCGAAAAACAAGGUCCUUUGUUUAUGGAGACGAAACGGUGGUCAAACACAAUUUCAUAAAUAUUAUACAAAGAAGUGCAAAGACCUUUACUACUGUAUAAAAGAUGCUAUGGAAAAAGCCGCUGCUCGUGGAAGAGGAGGAAACAUCGGUAUCGAGCUGGGAGGUGAAUUUCCAGUUCAAGACAUGCGUACAGGAGAGGGUGGACUUCUUCAGGUUUGCAUGGAAGGUGUUGGUCUUCUCUUCGCAAAUAGCAAGGAUUUCGAGUUUUUUGUAAGACUCGAUCAUAUCCGCAAGUGCUUUACCCAAAAGGAUGGAAUCUUUGUUCUGGAAGAAUUCAAUCCUAAAACUAGACAAGUAAUCCAACGUAAAUAUAGGUCGCAAAUGGCAGAUCAAAUCUGUUAUGCGGUACUCUGUGUAUUCUCUUAUUUGGCUGCUGGCUUAGAGCAACGUAAACAACAACCGCAACAACAACAACAACAACAACAACAACAACAACAACAACAACAACAACAACAACAACAACAACAGCAACAGCAGCAGCAACAGCAACAAUUGCGCCAACAGCAGCAGAAGCAGCUACGUCAGCAACAAUUGCAACAGCAGCAACAGCAAUUGAAGCAUCAGCAUCAGCAAUUGCGACAACAACAACAGGAGGUGCACCAACAUGUGCAGCAGCAACAAUUACGUCAACAACAGCUGCAACAACAGUUACGUCAGCAACAGCAACAGCAACAGCAACAGCAACAGCAACAGCAACAGCAACAGCAACAGCAACAGCAACAGCAGCAACAGCAACAACAGCAACAACAGCAACAACAACAGAGAUGGCAGCAGCAGCAACAGCAAAUGUCGCCACGGGAAGAAAAUAUUCCUCAAGUCGUACAAGGAAAUACGAAUACACAAUUUGAACCCUUUCUUCAACAGCACUGACACAAAGGCAGGCACUCUCUCCCAUUCGUGCAUAAUUAUAAUAAAUGCGCUCCUUACGCUUGCCUACCUUGGGUAUAAAUGAAUUUAAUGUAAAACAUGAGAUAUCCUUUUUAUUAUUCGACCUUGGAAUAUCCAAUAAAUGUUUGUCGGCGUGGUAUUUUCCUACAAGAAAACAAGCAAAGCUUAGAAAUUCUUCAUUUCUUACGCUUUAACUGCUUUGUUCUUGACUCGUUCGACACUUCCAUUAUAACAUGUGAUAUAUGUAAUCAAUAUACAAAAUAAAGUGCACUGAAGAAAGAAAUAGAUAGAGAGAGAGUGAGAGAAAAAGAGAGAGAGAGAGAUAAAAAAACAGAGAGAGAGGAAGAGAGAGAGAGAGAGAGAAAUAAAGAGAGAC